AUGGAGGAGAGGGAAGCAGAGAGAGAAGCACAGAAGCCGUCACCAACUUGUUUUGUGGGCCACAGCUCGCCUGAUGCGAGCUGGCUGCCUUUCGUCGUCUCCAACUCUCCAACCGCCCAGCCAGAGCUUCCUCGCCGUCCUACCGCCUACAACCACCCGGCUGGUCGCAGCUCCUCCACCUCCGCUACACACCACCCAGCACCACCCGCAUCGAAACCAGGCCGCAUCCUAUGCGACCUCCUGUGCCCUAUCUAUCUCCCAUCACGCUGCAGGAACCCAGAAUCUACAUCAUCCUGGCCUGUACCCGAUCGCCACCUCGCUGACGAAGCCCCAGCUGUCCGGGCGGCUUCGUCUCCAUCGCUCCCACAUCGCCCGACAGUCGUCAUAUCUCCCCUGCUGCCAGCGAGCGACUCCUCAACAAUCCUCUCCGAAGCAUACUCCCAGCAGCACUCGCCCGUCAACAUGUCACAGUCGCCCAUGAUCUCCGUGCCUGUCAAGGCCACCAACGAGAUUGACUGGGUCACGCCCCUCAAGAGCUACAUUCGCAACACCUACGGCGACGACCCCGAGCGUUAUGCCGAGGAGUGCGAGACCCUCAACCGUCUGCGCCAAGACAUGCGCGGCGCUGGCAAGGAAAGCACCUCAGGUCGGGACAUGCUCUACCGCUACUAUGGCCAGCUGGAGUUGCUCGACUUGCGCUUUCCCAUUGACGAACACCACAUCAAAAUCUCAUUCACCUGGUUCGAUGCAUUUACCCACAAACCAACAACGCAAUACUCCCUUGCCUUUGAAAAGGCCUCCGUCAUCUUCAACAUUUCCGCCAUUCUUUCCGCUCACGCUGCCCUCCAGAACCGCGCCGACGACUCGACCCUCAAGGUUGCAUACCACUCCUUCCAAGCCUCUGCCGGCAUGUUUACUUACAUCAACGAAAACUUUCUGCAUGCCCCUUCCUUCGACUUGAGCAGGGAAACGGUCAAGGCAUUGAUUAAUGUCAUGCUCGCUCAAGCGCAAGAGAUCUUCAUCGAGAAGCAGUCCAAGGACAACACCAAGAUUGCUCUCCGCGCCAAGUUAGCUGCACAAGCCGCAUACCUGUACAGCCAAGCUCUGGAGGGGGUCCAAGAGAAUGUCACAAAGGCACUCUUCGAAAAGGUCUGGCUAACAAUGGUCACCAUUAAGACCAGUCUCUUCUCAUCCAUGGCGCAAUACUACCAGGGCCUGGCGGACGAGCAGGCUAGCCAACACGGAGUUGCUGUAGCGCGAUAUCUGGCUGCUGAAGCUCUUGCAAAGGAGGCUGAUCGCCUCGCCAGAAAUUUCCCUAGCAAUGUCCCUUCAAGUUCCAAUCUCAGCGCAGAUUGCGGCGCGCACCUGCAAGAGCUUUGCAAACGCCAUUACUCAUCCAUUCAGGACAAGCACAAAGAGGCGCUCAAAGACAAUGAUUACAUCUAUCACCAACCUGUUCCGGCCGAGGCCAGCCUCCCAGCCAUCGCCAAGCUUCCUGCCGCGAAGCCCAUUCCUGUCAGUGAGCUAUAUGCUGGCCAGGAUAUCCAGCGCAUCACUGGCCCUGAUUUGUUUGCCAAGAUUGUGCCGAUGGCUGUAACCGAGUCGGCCAGUUUGUAUGAUGAGGAAAAGGCAAAGCUUGUCCGUGCCGAAACUGAAAAGGUUGACACUGCCAAUGGUGAAAUGGCGGCCAGCUUGGAUUAUCUGCGGCUUCCUGGUGCCCUGCAAGUGCUGAAAGGCGGCUUUGACCGAGACAUUCCUCCAGACGAGAACUUUCGCCAGUGGUGUGAAGACAUUGCCACGCACGACGAUCCAACUUCGAUAUUUGACUUUUUGAGCUCCGAGAAACGGGCCAUUGUCAAGAAGCUGGAAGAGAGCUCAACAGCUCUAGACAGAGAGGAGGGUGUCUGCGAAAAGAUGCGAUCCAAGUACAGCGCUGAAUGGUCUCAACAACCUAGCGCUCGCCUCACAACAACUUUGCGAAGCGACAUUCGAGGAUACCGUGAGGCGUUGGACGAAGCUUCGCGGAGCGAUGGCCAGUUGGCUAGUAAGCUUCAACAAAACGAGGCCGAUUUCAACGAAAUGCGUGACGCUGUCAAUGCCGGUCAGGUUGAUCAAAUGUUCCAAGAGGCCAUCUCGCGGGCACGAGGUCGCAACAGCCAGGCCAACAGCCCUGCUGGAAUCGAGCCAAACCUGCUAGACACCGACUUCGGCGAGAGUGGACCCAGCGUAAUGGAUCAAAUAGCCAUCAUCGAAGACAUUCUGAAGAAGCUUAAUUUGAUCAAGAGAGAGAGGAACCAAGUGCUCAAGGACUUGAAAGAAAAAGCUCACAAGGACGACAUCUCUCAAGUAUUGAUUCUCAACAAGAAGUCAAUCUCGAAUUAUGAAAACCAGCUUUUCCAACAGGAAUUAGAAAAGUUCAGACCUCAUCAAAACAGGUUGCUGCAGGCCAACCACAAGCAAUCGUCUCUCAUGAAGGAGCUGACGUCGGCAUUCAACAUUCUAUUGCAAGACAAGCGGGUGCGGUCAGAGCAGAGCAAGUAUGAGACUGUGCAGCGGCAACGCUCGUCUGUAAUCAACCGAUACAAGAGAACGUAUCAAGAAUUUUUGGACCUGUAUGCUGGACUACAAAGUGCCAAGAACUGGUAUGGAGAAAUGAGGGACACAGUCCAGAGCUUAGAAAAGAACGUGGAGACGUUUGUCAACAAUCGCAGAGCAGAGGGUGCUCAGCUUCUGGACCAAAUUGAGAGGGACAAGUCGGCAAACCGCAGCAACCAAGCUGCUCUAGAACAGGAGCGUCUCCGUGGCCUCAUGGAACGGAUGUCGAUGGAGGGCACAAAGUCACCGCCGCAAAAGUCACGGCCAACUCCAGCCGCUCUAUUCCAGCCCGGCCAGGCGCCGCGUUACCAGCAAUCAGGGAGCUACCAAGGCCAGUACAGUAUGCCAAACUCACCGCCGGCGCACCAGCAGACAUAUGGCGGCUAUUCGAGCCCUGCCCCGCCAGCCAGCACAUUCUCACAGCCUACAUACAACCCGAGCCAGUACGGAAUGACUCCGGGGCCGACGUCACCCCCGGCGAACCAGACGACGUUUAGUAUGAACACCAUGCGGCAGGGACCCCAAUCACCACCGGCGACACAGACGUCCUUUGGACACACGCAACAGCAACCGUACCAAAGCUAUCACCAGCGGUCAUACUCGUCGCAGUCGCAGCAGCACAUGCCGCAAGCGCAGACGGGCUACGUGCCUCCUGGAUUCGUCCCCCCACCCCCGCCGCCUGGGCCACCCCCGCUGGGGCCGCAGCAGACUGUGCAUUACGGAAACCAGGAUUACGAUCCUACUGGUGGUCGGCCUCCCAGCUCACAGGCGCGAGCAGGCCAACAAGCACAUGAUCCGUGGGCAGGGCUGAGUGCGUGGAAGUAA